AUGGCGCCUGUGACAGACUUCGCCAUCAAGGACAACUACACCUACCUACAAGGCUUUGGGAAUUACCACUCAUCAGAGGCCCUCCCAGGAGCCAAUCCGCUCGUGAACAAUACUCCUCAAAGACCUCCCUAUGGCCUUCGCACCGAGAGAAUAAGCGGCAGCUCCUUCACAGCACCGCGUGAUACCAACCUCCAGACAUGGAUGUACCGAGCCACUUCAUCGCUGGAUCACGAGGACUUCGUCCCGUAUGACCAAGAAUCCACAGACACAGCCACGCCGAAGACACCCAGCACGCUCACGCCCAACUCCUACAUGUGGCCUGCCGUUCCCCUGCCAGACAAUUCGGACUGGAUUUCCCAGCACCUUCUCGCUAGAAACGGCGAUCCGGCGACCAAGACCGGUCUAGCCAUCUGGCUCUUCUCCACCACAGAGUCCAUGAAACCCAACACUGUGUUCUCCUCCCUCGACGGCGACUCUUUGAUCAUUCCGCAGUCCGGCGCCCUGGACAUCCACACCGAGCUCGGCAAUCUGCUCGUCCGACAGAAUGAGAUCUGCGUCAUUCCCCGCGGUAUCCGAUACCGUGUGAACCUGCCCUCAGGAUCCUGCCGUGGCUACAUCUGCGAGCUAUUCCAGGGACACUUUCGCCUGCCCGACCUGGGUGCCAUAGGCUCCACGGGCCUGGCCAACGUUCGAGACUUCCAGAUCCCGACGGCGCACUUCGAUGGCUCGCUCCAGGACGGUGUCGCCGUGGCACGGAACGCCGAGUAUACCAUCGUUUCCCGCCAGGCGGGACGCCUCUGGCGCUGCACUCAGGAUCACACGCCCUUCGACGUUGCGGCUUGGCAUGGCACAUUCUACCCGUACAAGUAUGAUCUCGCGCGGUUCUGCGUGCUUGGGAACGUCGCUUUCGACGAACAUGACCCCAGCCUGUACGUCGUCCUCACGGUACCGUCGCACCGCGAGCCCGGCACCGCCGUAUUGGACUUUGCCAUCAUCCCACCCCGCUGGCAGGUCGCCGAGGAUACAUUCUGGCUGCCCUACUACCACCGGAAUACGAUGAGUGAGUUCUUCGCGCCCAUAAUCACCGAGCAGGACAAGAAGCACCCCUUCAAUGAGGGGCGGGAAUUCAAGCCUUUUGUGGCAGGGCUCCAUCCGCCAAUGACGACACACGGAGCGACGGAAGAGGAUUUUGAGAAAGCGCGUAAUGCGGACCUGAAGCCGACGAAGUUGAUGACGGACGGAAUUACCGUGUUCCUGCUCGAGACUGAGUCGCCGCUCUACCUGAGUGACUGGGCUGUGCAGGCGGCGCUCACGAAUCCCAGGCCAAAGCCGACGAGGCCGUCCAAGAUGUAA